AUGGGGUAUUUGAUGAUGGGCGUUGGGGCAGUCCGAACCGACGUUAAGUCCAUGAUCCUCUCCGCCACAGCUGGGUUGGUUGGCGGUGUCUGUAGUAUGGCCAUCGGAGAGUUUGUUUCCGUGUACUCAAAGUAUGACAUCGAGGUGGCUCAGAUGAAGAGAGAGAAUAGGGUUACACAGAUUGAGUUGGAGGACAAUAAGGACUUGCCGAACCCGUUGCAGGCGGCGGCGGCGUCAGCCUCGGCUUUUGCAGCUGGGGCAGAGCUGCCGUUGCGGGGGUGGCGUUUAUAA